GUACAAAGGGAGAAACAAUAGAAUCAAGUCACAGUGUGACAUGCAGUCUUAUAAAAGAGGCCUGCCAAGAAAAAGUUGCUGUUGAGGCAACCGAUUCUUCUGAAAAGGCAGAACCUUCAGAAUCUGAUGCGACACCAGUCAAGGAAAUGUCUACGCCAGACCCUGAUGACAAAGAGAAUGUAGAGACAACCACUUCUCCUGAAGCAGCAGUAAAUGCUGAAGAGACUAAAAAGAACUAUUUCAUUAAGUUAUCAAGUGGCUCGUCAAGAGAUUCUGGAUUUGGCGUAUUUGGGAAAUUUAGUCCCUCAUCCCUACGGAUCCUAGAUCAGGGGAACCAAAAGCAGACAGCAGCAGAGAACUAUUUCUUGCAGUUUGCACCAAACACAAGUAACGAAAGCACGGAAGAGAAUACCGAAAACCCCAAGAGCGUCAGCGGUUCAGGGUCAAGCUUUGUUUUUGGUCAAAACUUGACUGACAGAGUAACUGUAAGUUGAGAAAAAAAAUUCUGAACAU